CAGCAGCCCGACGACGCUAGCUAGUUGUUAGCUGCUUACGCUAGUUGGCUGCUAUAGUCGGUUAGCUGUCAGCCUGACGUGACUUGUAGCUGGAGGCACACACAUAUACGGUGCACACACGCGCGCAUGAGGGGUCUCCACGCCGAAGGUCCACUCGCCACAUUGACAGUUGCAGCCCUGAGAAGUGAGCUGAUUAGUCUUGUGUUGGAUUGCACACAGUGGUGAACCAGGAACAUCCGUUUCAGCUUAGAGGAAGUACACUCCCCCACCAUCUGCUUCCUGAUUGUUUCCCUUUCGUUUAGCUAAGGAAGAUACAGUAGUGUGAUUUCGUCUUGGCCACUGUGAUCAAGGACAGAUCCACCGUUGCUGCUCUUUUAAAUUUGAUGACAACGCUGUGAGAAAGACACCUUUUGUCUCAUCAUUGCCUGGAGCUGCUUUUGCAAAACCAGUGCCAGCUUUGCAACAGACACGCGUGCAGACUUGAUAAGGCACUGGAAGGGACCAAAGGAGGACUAAAGUGAAGGAUUAGCUGCUGCUGUGCGAGUGGGGACUGGACCAGAAAGCGCAAGUCCACUGGGAGUGAGCAGGGACACUAAGCUUCCUGUCGGAUCCUUCCCAUCUGUGUCGUUCGUGCUUGUUUUCUCUUUUCCUGCUAUCUCAUAGAUUUGGAUGAUUGAGCACAAGGGCCACUUUGAAGGAGCCCACCGGUGGUUGUGGCCUGGCCAGAGCUGAUGGACUUCUUGCCAGCCAUUGCUGAUUUAGUCACUUUGUUCACAUCCACUGCAGCCACUGCCGACUUCAGUGUAGUCGCCAGUAUCAUGAAUGGAGGCUGGAGGACCCAUUUGUGAGGAGCUAAACCCUUGGGAUUGACCUAUUUUUCUGUGUUGGUUGAAAAAGCAGCUGGAGCUCUCCUAGAAUCUGUAGAAAACACGCUCUCGGGGAAGAUGAAGCUGAGGAAACAGGUGACAGUGUGUGGAGGGGCCAUCUUCUGUGUGGCUGUAUUCUCACUCUAUCUCAUGUUGGACCGUGUCCAGCAUGACCCUACGAGGCGACAAAAUGGUGGAAACUUUCCACGGAGCCAAAUUUCCGUCCUGCAGAAUCGGAUAGAGCAGUUGGAGCAACUCCUGGAGGAAAACCAUCAAAUCAUCAGUCACAUAAAAGACUCUGUGAUGGAGCUCACAGACACGGGAGCAGUGUCUCCCAGUGGCCACCUGCCCUUCAGGAGUGCCAAUGGCUCCUGGGUCCUUCCCUUUGACGGCCGACCCACUUUCCUUGCUGUCAAGCCACAGGACUGUCAGUUGGCUGCAGGCAGUCCCAGUCAGGCAGACGUUCAGAUGUUGGAUGUAUACUCACUCCUUAAGUUUGACAACCCGGAUGGUGGUGUGUGGAAACAGGGUUUUGACAUAACUUACGAAGCUGAUGAGUGGGACAAAGAACCUCUGCAAGUGUUUGUGGUGCCACAUUCUCACAAUGAUCCAGGUUGGAUUAAGACCUUUGACAAGUACUUCUCAGACCAGACGCAGCAUAUUUUAAACAACAUGGUGGUGAAGCUGACCGAAGAUCCCCGCAGGAAGUUCAUCUGGUCUGAGAUUUCCUUCUUCUCCAAAUGGUGGGAGAGUGCUGAUGCCCAAAAGCAAGAGGCAGCACGCAAACUGAUCCUUCGGGGACAACUAGAGAUUGUGACGGGAGGCUGGGUGAUGACAGAUGAAGCCAACGUUCAUUACUUCGCCAUGAUAGACCAGCUUAUUGAGGGACAUCAGUGGCUAGAGAGAAACAUAGGGGCAACACCCCACAGCGGAUGGGCAAUAGACCCUUUUGGUCACAGCUCUACUAUGGCCUAUGUGUUGAAGAGAGCCAACCUGACCAACAUGCUCAUCCAGAGGGUCCACUACUCAGUCAAAAAGCAUUUUGCUGCCACACGCAACCUGGAGUUUAUGUGGCGACAGCCCUGGGACGCUGGAUCCAGUUCAGACAUCUUAUGCCACAUGAUGCCCUUCUAUAGCUAUGACGUGCCUCAUACAUGCGGGCCUGACCCAAAGAUCUGCUGCCAGUUUGACUUUAAGAGGUUACCCGGCGGUCGAAUCAACUGUCCAUGGAAAGUGCCACCCAAGGCUGUGGUGGAAGCAAAUGUAGCAGAGAGGGCACAACUCCUCCUUGAUCAGUAUCGCAAGAAGUCCAAACUUUACCGUAGCAAGGUGCUUCUCAUCCCUCUGGGGGAUGACUUUCGCUAUGACAAGUCCUUGGAGUGGGAUCAGCAGUAUAUCAACUAUCAGAAGCUCUUCGAUUACAUGAAUUCUCACCCUGAGAUGCAUGUCAAGGCUCAAUUUGGAACUCUUACAGACUACUUCAAUGCACUGUAUAAAUUCUACGGAUUGGUCCAAGGAUCCCGUCCUCCAGACUUCCCCGUGCUAAGUGGGGAUUUCUUUGCCUAUGCAGACCGAGAAGACCACUAUUGGACAGGCUACUUUACAUCCAGGCCCUUUUAUAAGAGCUUGGAUCGUGUCAUUGAGUCACACCUCAGGGGAGCUGAGAUACUGUACAGCUUAGCGGUUGCCAAUGCACGACACAUGGGCAUGGAAGGACGUUAUCCAGUCUCAGAUUACGGCCUCCUCGUUGAUGCCAGGCGCAAUGUGGGCCUCUUCCAACAUCAUGAUGGCAUCACUGGUACUGCAAAAGAGAAUGUUGUUGUCGACUAUGGCGCCAGAUUACUACGCUCACUCGUUGGCUUGAAGAGAGUGAUCAUCAAUGCUGCACAUUUCUUAGUAAUGAAGAACAAAGAGUUCUAUCGCUUCUACCAGACAGAGCCUUUCUUAGACAUGGAUGACAGGCGUGCUACUCAGGACUCUCUACCUCAGCGCACUUUAAUUGCACUGGAUCCAGCAGGACCAAGGUACCUCAUCCUGUUCAACCCAUUUGAGCAGGAACGGCUGUGUGCCGUGACUGUGUUGGUCAACACUGUCAAGGUGAGGAUCCUCACUGAGGAUGGACAGACCCUCCCUGUACAACUUGGCGCUCAGUGGAGCUCGUCGACUCAAAUGAGUGCAGAAGUGUUUGAGGCUACAUUCAUGGUGCGUCUACCAGCGCUGGGUCUCGCUGUCUUCCAUCUGUAUGACUCUCCGGACUCGCCCAUGACUCUACGCUCGGACACCCUUCUCCGGCUACCGGGAGGCACCCGUACUGCCCAAGCUUCAGGCCCACUUCCUGUUCGGUCUCAGCAGGCUGAGCCUCAGACAUUCUCCAUCAGCAGCCAGUUUCUGACACUGGGCUUCUCUGGGGCGACAGGGUUGCUGGAGACUAUCAAACACAAAGAUGAUCCUCAGGAAAUUAAGGUUCAGAUGCACUUCAUGGUGUAUGGAACUCGUCCUUCUAAGGACAAAAGUGGGGCUUAUCUUUUCCUGCCCGAUGGAAAAGCAAGGCCAUACCUCCACCAAGAGCCACCUGUGGUGCGUGUCGUUGAGGGACCUCUCUUUUCUGAAGUUGUGGCAUACUACCAACACUUUCAGCAGGCAAUUCGCAUCCACAACGUGCCAGGUGUGGAGGGCCUGUCUGUGGAGAUCACCACCACAGUGGACAUCAGAGAUCAGAACAACAAGGAGCUGGCCAUGCGACUGGUCACGGAUAUCCAGAGUGGAGACGUCUUCUACACAGACCUCAAUGGCUUCCAGAUGCAACUUCGUCAGCGCCACGAGAAACUUCCUUUGCAAGCUAACUUCUUCCCAAUGCCCAGCCAGGCUUACAUUCAAGACGGCCACCACAGGCUAACGCUGCACACGGCACAGUCUCUGGGUGUCAGCAGUCUGGGAAACGGCCAGCUUGAAGUAAUUUUGGACCGCCGACUGAUGCAGGAUGAUAAUCGUGGGCUGGGACAAGGCCUCAAGGACAACAAGCGGACUGUCAACCGCUUUCGACUGCUUCUGGAGAGGAGAUUGAUGGGCAACAAGCAUGAUGGCUUCUUUUCCAAACUCUCCUCCUUGUUUCACACGCUCCUCCCCAAAAUAUUGCAUGACAGAGUUGAAGAGAUGACAGACAGCUCCACGAUGAGCUUCCCCUCUGUGCUUAGUCACAUGACCAACGCCAUCCUGAAUCAUAACAUUCUGGCGCUACCUGUCCUGCCUAAAAGGCGCGGCGUCCCUCUUCUGCAAACCUUUGCGCCACUCAAGUCAAUGCUGCCCUGUGACUUCCACCUUCUAAACCUUCGCAGCAUCCAGAGCCAAGACCCCAAUGCGCCAUCACCAUACACAGCUUUAAUUCUUCACCGUUUUGGCCUCGACUGUGCUUUGGAUGUUCCAAAUUUGGGCUUCAAUUGCACCACCACCCAAGGACAGCUGAAUGUUUCCAGCCUCUUUAAGAACUUGGACCUGCAGUUGCUGCAGCCCAUGUCUUUGACCCUAAUGUACUCUAGUCCACCACUGGCCAACCACUCCAGAGUCAGCCUGGAUCCGAUGGAGAUUUCUGCCUUCAAGCUCAAACUGUGCUAGGACCCAACCGGAUCCAGAAGGCUGAGACUCUUCCUAAUGAGAACUGGAGCCUUGCCGGACUUUGGACCGUCACAGGGGACUCGGAUGCAGCUGUGACGAAAACGAUGUACAGAACCACAAACUCUCUGAGAACACGACUGCAAUGGGUUCUGCUUCGUAAGAAUGUGUUCGUUCUCGGCUUUCAGCCUGGAACUGAACUACUGAAUGUAAAUAUCCCAAAUGAUGUGCAGGUAGGAAUAGGGGAGGGCUUCAUAAAAAAAAAAUGUUGCCACAUGAUUGCAAUUUUGAACGCUUUGUUUGUUUUCGGAGCUUUUAUUUUUAAUUUUCUAUGCUCAGACUGAUGUUGGCGCACAUUGCAAUCUUUUUUUGUUUUGGCCUCAAUUCAACAAAGACACUGUGCAGUGUGGAUAUUUGGAGGUGCAAGUGGCUUUCCGCUCUGUAGUAAUAACGGGAUCAUGGGAGCGCUCCACUCAUCAUUCGGAUCUUCCUCGUCACUGCGGGCCAACGUGCGUCUUCAUCCUCGUGUUGGCGCAUCAUGGCUAAGCGGCUGUGCGUGUAGUUGUGCUUUGCUGACACUAUACCGUAGUAUGUGUGUGCAUGCAAAGUCCUAGGAAACCACCUGCCCCUGUUGUAUUCAUGCGGCUUUCACAUUGACACAGUAAAACAUUCAAUAGUAGGACACGUACAAUUAAUUAGCAGGAGUUGAAGAAUGGUGCAAAGAAGCAUCUGGAUAAGGAGGUGAUUUGAUGUUUGCACACAUUACAAUCAUUUCAAUUGUUUUAAUGAAAUGCCCCCCCCCCCCCCCUGCCUUUCCUCAAAUGCCAACUACACGGGUGGGGGUGUUGGGGGUUUGUGCUGUUUGAGUGGGUGGUGUAGUUUGUGGGGCUUGUAUUCCAAAAGCUAUAAUACCCCUCCCCACUCUACUGUACCUGAGGCCCAAUGGUUAGGCACCAUUGGUUGAAAGAACAAAUCGAAAGCUGGGUUAAGACUUUUUUUUUUCCACAGUCCUAUUAUAGAUGGAGACACAAGGAGUAUGUCAGGGCCAAUUCCUGAUGCUGUCACUGCAGUUUCAGCUCAAUGCGAAAAUGAUUUCCUCUUCAGUUUGAGCCAUCCGUUUUUAAUCCAUAGAAAUUAAAACUAUCAUUACACAUUUUUAGCAGCUUUAAGAUGUCUGGGCUCUUUAAGUUAUGAAGUCCAGCUCCACAGAGAGUUGCAAUGAGAGGAGAAUCCUAUAAUCCGAUUUAUUGUAUACAUUAGUAAUAUUCCAGCGAACAUGGAGAAAACGUGUUUAUGGAUUAGGUUUGGUCAAAUGGAGGCAUGUCUGAGAAUUUACCUUCAUGAUAUGUAAUUUUUCUUUUUGUACAAGCAUCAUAAUGAAAAUUCCACGCGCCUGUUUUGCAAGCAGAUGGAUUGCUUCACUUUUGCACACACAGUCUGCUGUGACUUGGUUCUGCCUCCCAGUUUUGACUGGAGGCAAGCCGAGUGACACUGUAAGCAUAGCUGGCUGGUAUGUGUGCCACUCUGGGCUACAAAAUUUCAUCUCCACCGUGCUCCCUUCAUUUUCCUGAGCCUCAGUCUGUACUCUGCAUGGAGCUGUCGCCACCAAUUUUUGUUAUGCCUGUUUGGUUAGUUCAUUUCCCUCAGGACGUCUGUCACACAUCAACAUGUCCUGUUCUGGCUUUGAUUAACAUUUCAAUGAGAAAACAUUCAGUUGCACUUUGUUCUUUUCCAUCCCUCUAUCUCCGCUCUUUCACUGUGUCACAUGGAAAUUCUGAAAGUUUGUCCUGGGUGGGGGGGCGGGGGGGUUAAAUGAAAAAGUGCUGUUUGCUGUAGCACUGUGUUCAAAGGUAAUAUAUGGUGGCAGGCUAUCUUCUGUAUUAAGUCCCCGUGGAAUUAACAUGGAGAGAAACUUAAUAAAGAAGAAAAUUCUA